CACACACACACACACACACACACGCACAGCUGGGAGGAGGGGGGAAGAGGCAGGGCUGCAGGAAACCGAGCACCGAUGAACAGCUCAACGGCCCGGGAAAGCUGAAGAAGAGCCAACGGAAACGGCACCUAUCCUCUUCCCUGAAGCCUUUUCCUCUCAUCAGCUGGACGUGUGUGAUAGAAAGCGUUCCCAGAUGCCCGGAGGACAAGCUGGACUCUGUCCCGAGGAGCUCCGGCCUGGGGAGGAAUAGCAAGGAGAGGAUUUGUCCCCCCGAUGAGCUCCAAAUCGGGCAUGUUUUCGCUCUCAUGCUGAGCUCUUGGUUGCGGAAUCCCCCCCUUAUGUGAAGAUCGUUCUGUUUCCUUGAGAUUGUUUUUUUUUUCUUCUUCUGCCACUUAAUUAUUAUUUUGAUUCUCGUCGACAAGAAGUGAAACCCUACAACACUGUAAGUGAUUCAGGUGGGAGAUUGUGUUUGCCCCCUUUUUUAAUCCCAAAUCGACCCUUUUUUCCUGCAGCCGCCCUGUUGAACAGAGUACCACCGUGACCGGGGGGAUUAAAGGUGCGGUCAGAGGAACCGACUACCUUAAUCACGCCACCAUGGUGGUCUUCAACGGGCUGCUGAAGAUAAAGAUCAUUGAGGCACUGGACCUGAAACCGACAGCCUGGUCUUUGAGGCACGCCGUGGGACCGAAAGCGCAGAGCUUCCUGCUGGACCCGUACAUCGCACUCAACGUGGACGACUCACGCGUGGGUCAGACGUGCACCAAGGCGAAAACCAACAGUCCUGCGUGGCACGACGAGUUCGUCGCAGAGGUGCGCGACGGCCACAAGAUCGAGCUCUCGGUGUUUCAUGACGCGCCCAUUGGCUAUGACGACUUUGUGGCCAACUGCACCAUCCAGUUCGAGGACCUGCUGCAGAACGGCAGUAAGCACUUCGAGGACUGGAUUGAUUUGGAGCCAGAGGGAAAGGUGUACGUCAUCAUAGAUUUAUCUGGAUCGUCCAGUGAAGCAGGCAGCUUUAAGAAUGAGGAGAGAGUGUUUCGAGAGCGUAUGCGGCCCAGGAAAAGGCAGGGAGCAGUGCGGAGGAGAGUGCAUCAGGUCAACGGCCACAAGUUCAUGGCCACCUACCUGAGACAACCCACUUACUGUUCACACUGCCGCGAAUUCAUCUGGGGUGUUCUAGGAAAGCAGGGCUAUCAGUGUCAAGUGUGCACAUGUGUGGUUCACAAACGCUGUCAUGAGCUUAUCAUAACCAAAUGUGCAGGACUAAAGAAACAGGAGGACACAGCGGAGGAGGUGGGCUCUCAGCGCUUCAGUGUGAACAUGCCCCAUAAAUUCAGCAUUCACAACUACAAAGUGCCCACAUUCUGUGACCACUGUGGUUCGUUACUGUGGGGGUUGAUGAGGCAAGGACUGCAGUGCAAAGUGUGUAAGAUGAAUGUACACAGACGCUGUGAAAGCAAUGUAGCUCCAAACUGUGGCGUCAAUGCACGGGGCAUUGCUAAAGUGCUGUCUGACCUCGGAGUGACGCCUGAUAAAAUCUCCAGCAGCGCACAGAGGAGGAAAAAGAUUAGCCAAGGUGCAGACCCUCAGCCUCUGCCAAUAUCUCCACAAACAGAAGAGGAUCGUUCCAAAUCAGCGCCCACUUCACCGUGUGACCAGGACAUAAAAGAUCUGGAGAACAUCAGGAAAGCGUUGUCUUUUGAUCACCGCGGGGAGGAGCUGAAAGCAGAGCCAGCUUCAUCUCAGAAUGAGGGCUCCUCAGAGGAGACAGGGGAGGGCCGAGAGAAUGGGGAAGUGAAGUUAAUGCAGUCUAAAAGAAUGACCCUGGAUGACUUCAACUUCAUCAAAGUACUUGGCAAAGGCAGCUUUGGCAAGGUGAUGCUGGCUGAGCUCAGAGGCACAGAUGAGGUUUAUGCAGUAAAGGUGCUGAAGAAAGACGUGAUCCUGCAGGAUGAUGAUGUGGAUUGCACUCUUACAGAGAAACGCAUUCUAGCUCUUGCCAGAAAACACCCUUACCUUACCCAGCUUUUCUGCUGCUUCCAGACCAAGGAUCGUUUGUUCUUCGUGAUGGAGUAUGUGAAUGGAGGGGAUCUAAUGUUCCAAAUCCAGCGUUCACGUAAAUUCGACGAAGCACGCUCUCGUUUUUAUGCCGCCGAGGUUACCUCUGCUCUCAUGUUUCUCCAUCGGAACGGGGUCAUUUACAGAGACCUCAAACUGGAUAACAUCCUGUUGGAUGCUGAGGGCCACUGCAAACUUGCCGAUUUUGGCAUGUGCAAGGAGGGCAUUCUGGAUGGCAUCACCACCACCACAUUCUGCGGUACACCCGACUACAUCGCACCUGAGAUCCUGCAGGAGCUGGAGUACGGCCCAUCAGUGGACUGGUGGGCCCUGGGUGUGCUCAUGUACGAGAUGAUGGCAGGCCAGCCACCAUUUGAAGCUGAUAAUGAGGAUGACCUGUUUGAGUCCAUCCUCCAUGAUGACGUGCUGUAUCCAGUGUGGCUGAGCAAAGAGGCAGUUAGCAUCCUUAAGGCGUUCAUGACGAAGAGCCCCAAUAAACGGCUUGGCUGUGUGGUGUCACAGGGCCUGGAGGAAGCCAUUAAAGUGCAUCCGUUCUUUAAAGAGAUUGACUGGGCAAUGCUGGAACAGAGGAAAAUUAAGCCACCUUUCAAACCCCGAAUUAAAACCAAGCGGGACGUCAAUAACUUCGACCAAGACUUCACACGUGAAGAGCCUGUGCUUACUCCCGUAGACGAUGCCAUCAUCAAACAGAUCAAUCAAGACGAGUUUAAAGGUUUCUCCUACUUUGGUGAGGAGUGCCUGUCCUAGGAUUUAACAAUUGAAUCUCCUGCAUUUUCUCCAUCUGCUACAAAGUGGUGUUGUUCACCUUUAUGAACUGAAUGAAGACCAUCUACAGUGUGGGUUUACAUGUCUAUAUAAAAGCUGCUCAUGCAGCUUUUUUUCUUGAGUUACAGAUUCUAUAGGAUUUUUAUUUUGAAGAACAUAGAGUCUUUCAGCAAAAAAAGACAAUGCAAGUCUAUACAAUUAUACACACACACACAUACACACACACACAUACACACACUCAUGUGCAAACACACAGUAAUGGAAAUGUAUGCCUGAAACAGAAACCCUGUUCAGAGUCAACAUUAUAAAGAAGCUUAAGUACUUCACUCCAACAAUGAUUAUAAUAAUAACUUUCAUUAUUAUUAUAUUAUCAGCUGGGCGGAUUUAUGGAGGAGUACCCUACAAUUAUUUGAAGCUUUAAAGGUUCACAAGCAGCUUGUCUUAGUUUCUUCUGGAAUCAGUUGUUAUUAGAUAUGUGGACGUAGUGUUAGACCUCAGAUACCAGUUGAGAAUCUGCACUAGCCUUGUAUACAGUGGGGUCCAAAAGUAUAGAAUCCACAUUAAAAGUUUGGGAUUUUCUCCAACAUUAUUAAUAAACCAGAAAUAACCAGAAUUUUAAAUGUAAAUGCAAAUGUAUAAUGUUGAUCAUUUUAUCUCAAGGUCAGAUUUUCAUCAUGUCUAAUCUCUUCGAUUGAAGUGUGUGUGCAGGCUACACUCAGUGGAUUCAACUUUUUGCCCAAGAAUUAUUAUAAUAGUUUAAUACAACUAAACACCACUUUUGGACCCCAUUGUUGAUGGGGGAAAGGGUCUAACAUGUCAACAAUAUUUAGCAAAAAAACAUAUUUCUACUGCAGCUAUUCACAUGACAUGACCAACUUAUUCCACAAAUUAGUUAAACCUACCAGUGCUAUACGGAAUUAAAUAAGCUAAACUGGUGUAUGGUGUUAGGUUAGUAUUUAGUAGAGCAGAGGCGCUGGCUACCAAAUAAUAAACAUUCCUAUAUGAAUCACUGGGGCCAAUAAUAGGGAAGGAAUAUAUUUUGGCCAACCAAUGCAUCGGAGCUCCUUAUAAGAUUUGUGGCCAGGCAAUCAGAUCGUCAGAGCCUAAAAGUCAUGGAAGUAGCGAAGUACACUCAUCACAAAAAACACGGUGGAUACUCACAGAAAACACAAAAAACAUGAUGCACCAGGUUUGGAGGAGUAAAAGACAAAAAAUACCAAAUGUACAGAGAGUUUAAGAAAGGAAUGCAUCACAGCAUUGGGCUGAUUCUUUUUUCUCAUGGUUCCAACAAAAAUGAUUAAAGGGAAGAUAAAUGGAGCCAUGUACUGGAAAGAAUCUUUUGCCAUUCACCAGGAUAUGUGACGAUCCAAAAGAUACUUUAUAGGAGACUCGCAAUGGCUCGGUCUUUCACCAGAUUUAAACUUGAUAGAAAAAAAAUGUUUUGAAGAAAUUGAUGAUAGAGUUUUCAGAGUUUAAUGACUGUCUGUGGAGUAGAACGGGCCAAAUCCCAGAGAUCUUUCUUCAUACAGAACUGCUUCUCCAGCUUUAAAGAAAAGGCUUCUCCUCCAGUUUUUAAAUACAUUUCAGUUUCCUGUUUCAAAGCUCAAUCAUUUUUUCUGUUUCGUUCCACUUUAUUGCAGGCAAAAUAUCCUUUAUUUCAAACUGUCUUAAAGCUUUGCACUGUAAGGGAGGAGAAGUGGACAUUUUGCAAAAAAUUGUUUUCAAUCAGAGUGCUUUCCAUAAAAUCCAUAAAAUUCGAAUGUUUUGACAUGUCCAAGCUCUGACCUGGUGGACCAACAGAAUCUAAAUGAUAAAAAGGAUGAUGAAUGAAUCUAUAUAGUGGGAAGAAUCUUUCGCUAUUCACAAGGAGACUCUUAAUUGCCCGGCCCUUCACCAGAUUUAAACCCAAUAGAAAUGUUUUGAAGGAAGGGUUUUCAAGGUUUAAUGACUGUGUGAAGUAAAAUGGACCAAAUCCCACUUUAUUGCACAUGACUUUUUAAAAAUUCUUAGCUUUGUUGUUUUAUUCCAUUAAUACCCAUGUGUCUAAAUUUCCUGUGAAUAGCUGCAUUGGAAACAAGAUUAAUAAAACGUGUUGAAUGCUUUUUCCAAAUAUUCAGUAGGUGUAUAUAAUAUACACGCACACUACAUGCACUACAUCAGAGCCAGUAUACAGACUUCUGGUCCUGGUACUAAUGGAAUCAAGUGUUGGAUCUGAGGCUGUACUUGACUUCAUCUGCAAUGUAGCGCCUUCCUUUCUCUAUUUGAUCACCAAAACCAAAUGUAGGCAAACUACAAUUAAAGGUGUAGCUUGUUUAGUUUGUGUUAAAUUCAGGGGGAUAAAUCUGAAAGAAUCCAGAAAAAUCUGCCAGUGUAUAUUUGAUUGGCUGGUAGGAGAAUUUCUGAGCCUCCUUUCUGAUCACCUUGUGGUUACUCUUAGAAGCUUUGACUUUGCCAUUCAAAGUGUUUUUUUCGUUUGUGCGAGUGAUCUUGAGAGGACAAGUGCCUCAUGAGAGUAUUGAGUGUAUUAAAUGUAUUUAUUUUUUUUAUUAUUAUUACUGGGCUGUCUUAUUGUUAGUUGAAUAAAUUUUCUUCAUUGAACCAAGGCUCAGGAUUGUGAAUGAGAAAUCAGUACCUGUUCAUGUCCGUCUAUAAAACAUGUCCUGUAUAUAAAAUCUAAGGCCUAAAUAAUGGCCUUACCUGUUGCAUGGUCAUAAAAACAACAAUAUAAUUACUAGAAUAUGAGUAUGAGUAAGUUACUGUCCAUGUGCAAUAAACUGUUUAUGGGUGUCUCAUCUGCAAA